CCUGACUGAGUAGUUUGGUGGUGCUCUCGUUGUUGUUGGUGGUGCUGUCGAUGGGAAAGCAGAGUCUGGAGAGAGAAAGGGGAAAAUAAUGCAAAGAAGAAAUUCCAGACCAAAACCGAUAGAAGAAAAAUGUUUAAUGACGAAAGAAAUGAUGUAUUUGCUUUGCUGAAAACAUCCCUCCUGAUGUCUUCUGUUCAAAAUAUCUAAUGAAAAAUACAUUGAGAUCAUAAGAAUGAAAAAUAUUAAAAUAGGAACAGUAUAACAAAAUGUCAGCUCAAAUAGAGACUGAGGAAAGAAACACACAGGAUAUGAAAUAUAAGUGUGAGCAUUGUGGAGACAAAUUUGAUUUACUUACUUUAAAGACACAUUUGGGGAUUAAGACAAAAACACAAUUUGAGUGUGAACAUGUCAAAUUUGAAUGUGAACAUUGUGGAAAAACCUUUACAAGCAAUUUGUCUUUAAAAAAUCAUUUAAUGAUACAUACAGGAGAGACACUGUACAAAUGUGAACAUUGUGAAAAGAAAUUUAGAGAUAAUUAUGAUUUGAAAUGCCAUGGGAGGGUACAUACGGGAGAGAGGCCACAUGAAUGUGAACAUUGUGGAAAGAAAUUUAAACAUAAUUGUGAUUUGGCAGUACAUUUGAGAACACAUACCGGAGAGGCACAACAUGAAUGUGAACAUUGUGGAAAGAAAUUUAAACAUAGUAGUGGAUUAAGAAAACACUUGAUGAUACGUACAGUACAGAAACCAUUCCGAUGUGAACAUUGUGGAAAGAAGUUCAAAGUUUGUAGCGCUUUAAAAAUACACUUGAGGACACAUACCGGAGAGACGCCAUAUGAAUGUGAACAUUGUGACAAGAAAUUUAAAUGUAAGGGUCAGUUGAAGCGACAUUUGAGGACACAUACUGGAGAGACGCCUUAUGAAUGUGAACAUUGUGGAAAGAAAUUUAGGGACGGUAGUCAUGUGGCGGCACAUUUGAGAAUACAUACAGGAGAGAGACCAUAUGAAUGUAAACAUUGUGGAAAGAAGUUCAAUACAAAUAGGAAUUUAAAAUUACAUUUGAGGACACACACAGGGGAGACUCCAUAUGAAUGUGAACAUUGUGGAAAAAAAUUUAAGGAUGGUAGUGUAUUGAGAAAACACUUGAUGAUACAUAGCGGAAAGAAACCAUGCGAAUGUGAACAUUGUGGAAAGAAAUUUAGGGACGGUAGUCAUGUGGCGGCACAUUUGAGAAUACAUACAGGAGAGAGACCAUAUGAAUGUAAACAUUGUGGAAAGAAGUUCAAUACAAAUAGGAAUUUAAAAUUACAUUUGAGGACACACACAGGGGAGACUCCAUAUGAAUGUGAACAUUGUGGAAAAAAAUUUAAGGAUGGUAGUGUAUUGAGAAAACACUUGAUGAUACAUAGCGGAAAGAAACCAUGCGAAUGUGAACAUUGUGGAAAGAAAUUUAGGGACGGUAGUCAUGUGGCGGCACAUUUGAGAAUACAUACAGGAGAGAGACCAUAUGAAUGUAAACAUUGUGGAAAGAAGUUCAAUACAAAUAGGAAUUUAAAAUUACAUUUGAGGACACACACAGGGGAGACUCCAUAUGAAUGUGAACAUUGUGGAAAAAAAUUUAAGGAUGGUAGUGUAUUGAGAAAACACUUGAUGAUACAUAGCGGAAAGAAACCAUGCGAAUGUGAACAUUGUGGAAAGAAAUUUAGAGAUAAUUUUGACUUAAAACGACAUUGGAGUGUACAUGAGAAGCCAUAUGAAUGUGAAAUUUGUGGAAAGAAAUUUAAAUACAGUAAACAAUUGACAUUACAUUUCAGAACACAUACAGGCCAGAAGCCAUAUGAAUGUGAACCUGAACAGUAUAACAAAAUGUCAGCUCAAAUAGAGAUUGAGGAAAGAAACACACAGGAUAUGAAAUAUAAGUGUGAGCAUUGUGGAGACAAAUUUGAUUUACUUACUUUAAAGACACAUUUGGGGAUUAAGACAAAAACACAAUUUGAGUGUGAACAUGUCAAAUUUGAAUGUGAACAUUGUGGAAAAACAUUUACAAGCAAUUUGUCUUUAAAAAAUCAUUUAAUGAUACAUACAGGAGAGACACUGUACAAAUGUGAACAUUGUGAAAAGAAAUUUAGAGAUAAUUAUGAUUUGAAAUGCCAUUGGAGGGUACAUACAGGAGAGAGGCCACAUGAAUGUGAACAUUGUGGAAAGAAAUUUAAACAUAAUUGUGAUUUGACAGUACAUUUGAAAACACAUACCGGAGAGGCACAACAUGAAUGUGAACAUUGUGGAAAGAAAUUUAAACAUAGUAGUGGAUUAAGAAAACACUUGAUGAUACGUACAGUACAGAAACCAUUCCGAUGUGAACAUUGUGGAAAGAAGUUUAAAGUUUGUAGCGCUUUAAAAAUACACUUGAGGACACAUACCGGAGAGACGCCAUAUGAAUGUGAACAUUGUGGAAAGAAAUUUAAAUGUAAGGGUCAGUUGAAGCGACAUUUGAGGACACAUACUGGAGAGACGCCUUAUGAAUGUGAACAUUGUGGAAAGAAAUUUAGGGACGGUAGUCAUGUGGCGGCACAUUUGAGAAUACAUACAGGAGAGAGACCAUAUGAAUGUAAACAUUGUGGAAAGAAGUUCAAUACAAAUAGGAAUUUAAAAUUAUUGUUUUAUAUACCUCAUACAUAG